UUCUUUAUCGCGUCAGGCGAGUUAACUUCUCUUCGUUUCUUUCGGCACUCGAGAAUCGAGAAGUCACCCCGUGUUAAAUUUAAACGUAGCUUUCCGUCCCUUCUAGCACCAUGACCGUGGUAUUACCCGUGUUGAUAUUGGGAAUGAUACUUGGAAGAACGAUCGAUCUGAGAACACAUCACACCACUCGUUUCAUCUUGACCGGAAAAAAUCAAGAACCUCAAUAUACGAUGAUCAAUCACUUCGAGUCAAGGUACCAAGUGAUCGAAUCAUCCCGAGAUGUCUGCGAUCUGUUUGACGUCGAUCCUAGACUUGCUCUGAUCGUGAAACUGGAUCACUUCAGUAACGAUUUGGCCAAUCGGAUUCGAUCUUCCGUCGUUUCUCGAGACACAGUGGUAGAAAUUCAAGUCCGAGCAGUGUACAAGAAGGAGAUAGAAUCGCUGACGGAGGAUUUCCGACCCGAAGCGGAAUGGAAUAAUCGGAAAGACCUGGGCACCCACUUCAUUUCGAAACUGAGAAGAGGAGGGGAGUUGUGGGCCACUUUGAUAUUUAGCUGCGACUCUCCGGAUCACAAAGACAUAGUUUCGAAAAGCGUUUCCAAGGUUUUAGGAAAGUCGGGAACUUUUGACGUCUUUUUCCUAGAUAAAAUAAAUGAAUUAAAGAAGGACUUGGGGAAGCAUUACCGAGAAUACAGAGUGAAGGAAGUACGGUGCCCUCUUUGCACUCCAGAUUCUCCUCCGUCUGAUCUCCAGGAUCUGAUAAAAACAACCGAAAAAUUGUCUGAAACGGUGGAAUCGAUAAAAGGAGACGUGGUCGAAAUUGAAGUAGAAGAUCUUGCGACCGUCUUAAACGUUCCUACUUACCUAGAAAAUAAAGUAAUAAUCGACAGAUUGGAAAAUAUAGAGAAAAUGUUCGACGACGUUCUCAUUGCCAGAGAGCUAUUCAUUCAGUGGGACACCGUCUGGUCUAUGGAUUUGACUCCUGAAGACGAAAAGCAACUGAACGACUUUCAUUUGGAGGUAGAAAGAGCCAGGAAAGAGUUUCUUCAUGCUAUCGGUCAUUUGGACAUUUCUCCCUCCUCUUCCCUUAGUCAGUUCGAUGGUGUUUAUAAAGCUUACGGAUCGACCGAAGCCAACGAUCGAUUUCAAAAGGAAUUUCGCUUGUUACGUCAGAAAUUCCAAAAGGAAAAAAUGUAUUAAUUACAUGAAUCUUUUCUCUUUAAUUUGAUGUAAUAAAUAUCAUCGCUUUAAUUUUUUUUAUCUUAUCGAUUAAUAAGGUAAAGAGACUUCGAUAAGCCAUGAUCUUUUUCCGACUUCUACUAUCAAAGUCUUUAUAAAUUUCGGUCUGUCACUACAAUUUAUGUC